AUGGCCGUAGGAGAUGCUGGUCAGGAGCCAACAUGUCACAUUUUGAACUUCUUCUACGAUGAUGAAGACUCAUGUGCACUCACAGCUCUUAUCAAUGGCGUCCGAUUUCACAUUAUCGUCGAUGCGAGUCGGCCUCGAGGAUCCGGCUCCGGUGAAGUGUUCACAGAGUACCUAAAGCGAUUGAGGAGCGUGAAGGUCGCCGAGGCCAACAUUGACAAUGCCACGACCAAAGGAGCAAUCACCAAGGGCAUCAUUGCCGAAGAUGAAGCCAUUAGCAAGGGUACUGAGGCUGAUCCUAAGUCCGAUCGGUCAAGCCCUAUGAGAGACGACAAAGAUAGCGCCAUCGACCUGAGUGCGGACAAAUACGAGCGACUGAAAGACGCCGGAGAUAAAGAGUUGCAGAAAGAGAGUGAUGCGGAACUGUGCUUGCAAAAUUGGAUCCUGGGCGCCUUUGAAGAUGAAACGCGCAGGCUCGCCCCGGGAAACCCAUCUUCCAAGAAGCAAUCCCUUUACGAAUGGUAUCAUGGAGAGACACACUACUUUGAAGUAGAGUUCAGUGACAAUCGACUCGCACCUCAAGAGCUGGAAGAAACAGAAGAGCUCCAGAGGAGAAUGGAAGAGUUGACCCCUAGGUUGCCAAUGCCCAAAUAUAUCAAGGAGAUGGACUUGCCCUGGAUCGGCCCAGAAGACAUUGAAGUCUUGUCCGAGAUCGUCGACCCGGAACCUGUUCAUCCUGGUGCCGUCAAAUACAACAAUGAAGUUUAUUUCUUCAAACCAGUCGACCCAGAUCAACCGCAACCCACCAAACGCGAGAUCAAGAUGCUUUCAAAGAUCGAAACGCUAGGGCUGGGCGACAAAAUCAUGGUGCCUAGACUGUUGGGAUUGGUGGCCUUUGAACACAGCACCACGGAGAUCAUGGGCCUUUUAUUGACAAAUAUUCCCUCGCCGAAACCCCUGACGACACUCCUCAGCUCCGAAGUCCCUGAAGAGAAACGACUCCGGUGGGCCGACGAGGCUCAAGAUGUGGUGAAAGAACUCCACCAGAAGGGCAUCGUGUGGGGUGAUGCUAAAGCUGACAAUUUUAUGGUGGACGAGGAUGACAAUCUUUGGAUCAUCGACUUCGGCGGCAGUUACACUGAAGGUUGGGUUGAUCCUGAAGUCUCCGAGACCAAGGACGGUGAUAAGAUGGGUCUCGAGAAGAUCGUUGACGCCUUGGUAGAUCCCGACGAGAACACAUUUGAUCCGGAGGAUGAUGCAGAGGACGACUCGGACUUUGAGCCGACGUCGAAGAAGCGGAAGAGGACAAACGGCACGGAAGAUAGCAAGUCUUCGCGAAGAAAAGCCGAGGAGUGA